AUGAAAAUAUUAGAAGAUAAACUCGAUAAAUUUGAUCAAAAUAUAUUGGAGACUACAACCAAGUCCUUUUUGGCAAGUGAGUUGUCUAAUAUAACAGUGUCAUUUGCCACUCUAAAUGACACUGUUGAUGGCCUGCGCUCCGACAAUCUAACAUCAGAGCAUCUAACUUUAAAAAACAAGCACUUGUUUCGAGAAUGUCGUAACAGAGCCAAAUCACACGAUUACAAGUUUGUAUGGGUCAAACGUGGUGUUAUCCUUACACGCAAGACCGAAAAUUCUCCAGUGCUGGCUAUACGCUUGGAACAAGACCUCAAUAAGAUUAAGUAA